AACCACACACACACACACACACACAAAGAGAGAGACACACACACAUCCGCAGACAUGUCGGACCGGAUCCCGCCCCUCAUCACGCUCGAAGAGCACUUCGUCGCGCCCGACCUCUUCGCCGAGCUGUCGGACCUCUACGGGGAGCAGCUCAAGAACGUGCCGGCCGUCGGCGACCGCCUCCGGGACGUCGGGCCCCUGCGGCUGGCCGACAUGGACGCGAACCGCGUCUCCCUCCAGGUCGUCUCGCACGCGCCGGGGCUCGGCCCGCGCCCGCCGGCCCUCAGCCGCCUCGCCAACGACGCGCUCGCGGCCUCGGUGCGGGAGGCCCCGGCCGGUCGGCUGGCCGGGUUCGCGGUGCUGCCGAUGGCGCACCCCGAGGAGGCGGCGGCGGAGCUCCGACGGUGCGUCCGCGAGCUCGGGUUCGUCGGCGCCCUCGUGGACGCGCACGCCGACGGGGCGCACUACGACGACGCGCGGUUCUGGCCCGUCUUCGCGGCGGCGGCCGACCUCGACGUGCCCGUCUACCUGCACCCCACGUUCCCGUCGGCGGGCCAGCGGCCGGCCUACGAGGGGGGCUACGGGCCCGGCGCCGCGCUCAGCCUCGGGACCAGCGGGUUCGGGUGGCACCAGGAGACGGGGCUCGCGGUGCUCCGGCUCUUCGCGGCCGGGCUGUUCGACGCCGUGCCGGGGGUCAAGAUCAUCGUCGGGCACUUUGGCGAGAUGCUGCCGUUCGUGAUGGAGCGCGUCGAGAAGCUCUCGCCGCGGUGGGGCGCGCGCGGCCGGGGCUGGCGCCGGGUGUGGGAGGAGAACAUCUGGGUGACGACGAGCGGCGUGUGGGGGCUGGCGCCGCUGGCCUGCGUGCUGAAGAACACGCCCGUCGACCACGUCCUGUACAGCGUCGACUACCCGUUCGAGAAGAACGAGAACGGGCUGGCGUGGGUGAGGGAGCUGCGGGACAGCGGCAUGGUCACGCCCGAGGAGCUCGACAAGAUCGCCUACCGCAACGCCGAGAAGCUCCUCCGGAUCAAGGCGCCGGUCGUCGCCAGCGAGAGCGAGCAGUCGUGAAGAGCCAACACCCCCCCCCCCCCCCCCCCUCC